GUGGAGGCACUCUAAUCAAUAUCAACCAUUCUCCUCCUCCGAUCCAACUCCCGAUUCUCUCACCUAAAAAAACCAGAGAGAGAAAGAGAGAGCUUCUUCUUCAUCGAAACCCCAGAUUCGAUUCACACACCCAAUCAAUCAGACCAGAGAUGGCUUCUUCUACUUUCAGCGGCGACGAGACCGCUCCCUUCUUCGGCUUCCUCGGCGCCGCCGCAGCUCUUGUCUUCUCCUGCAUGGGCGCGGCGUACGGGACCGCCAAGAGUGGCGUGGGCGUGGCCUCCAUGGGAGUGAUGCGGCCGGAGCUGGUCAUGAAAUCGAUCGUUCCGGUGGUCAUGGCUGGAGUGCUUGGGAUCUACGGGCUCAUCAUAGCUGUGAUUAUCAGCACCGGGAUAAACCCAAAGGCCAAAUCUUAUUACCUGUUUGAUGGAUAUGCUCACUUGUCCUCUGGCCUUGCUUGUGGCCUCGCUGGACUUUCCGCUGGAAUGGCCAUCGGGAUCGUCGGUGAUGCCGGUGUCCGGGCUAACGCACAGCAGCCAAAGCUCUUUGUUGGCAUGAUCCUUAUCCUCAUCUUUGCUGAAGCUCUUGCUUUAUAUGGUCUCAUUGUUGGGAUUAUCCUCUCAUCCCGAGCAGGGCAAUCUCGCGCAGACUGAGGAAGUCAACUUGGUUAUUGCUCCUCUAGGUUCUUUGAAGAGCAUUCACAUUCACUGCCUCGACAAGUUGUCUCUAUAAAGUUCGAUUAAGUUUAGUUAGAGUUAUUAUAUUGGUAUUUGAGCGGCCCUAUGCUUGUAGUUAUGAAGAAACAUUUGUUCUGAAUAUCAUUUUUUUCUUUCUCUUGCUCCAAAAUAAGGACAGAUUAGUCAAUGAGAACUUCACCCUAGUGAUGGGUUUUGGUGGUUUUGUUAUAUAAUAGCUGUAAGUAGCUAAUUGAAUGAGGUAAGAAGAUGUAUCUUUCUACAUACUAUUGGCUUAAAACAUAUUCUAUUGCAGAAAGAUCUUGGUA